UGGCCAUGUGCAGGCUGCAGCAGCACAGCCACCACGAUUAUCAACCCCACGACUUUCUGUUGUCACAGUUGUGCCGCUUGCUACCCCACCACAACUUUCACAAGGUAGAUGCUGGGAGACUCCGUUGGCAGACGGGCUGCCAAGGCAUGGGCCCCACACAUAGACGAAAGACAGGAGAGCCAACACUUUGAAGGGUAGGGCUGGUUCUGAAGAAAGACGUUUGAUCUAAGCGGAUACUUGUGCGCAAUUGGCGCCUCACGAUGGAUGCCUUGCUUAAAGAAACCCGGGACCGCAAGCGACAGCGCAGCAGGGCCUCCCACGCUGAAGCGGAAGGGCAGGUGGAGAGCAGCCUGACGCACCUGCUGCAGGGGGAGAACUCUGGGACGGUGGAAGCGGCGCUGCGAGCUAUGGAAGCAAAGGCGGGUGGGGGCAAUGAGGCGCUGUACCGGGGGCUGCUGGCACUGGGGGCGCAGCUGCAGGACUUUGGCAACACAUUGGCGCGCCAGCACGCAGCGGAUCUCAAUGCUGGGGUGUGGCCUUUUACGCAGGACCUGAGUGUCAAGAUCUUCUCCCACAUGAGUGCCCACGACCGUGCCCAUGCUGCGGCUGUCUGCACCUUCUUCGCCAGGACAGCAGCAGACCCCGCCUGCUAUGAGGUGUUGGACCUGGUCCCCCGCGGGCUGCACGUGACAUCAGCCACCGUCAUCAAACUUGUGCGCAGGGCCGGCCACUUCCUGCGGGUUCUCAAGCUGGGGGUCCUUCCCAAGCCCCCCUUGCCUGCCGCGCACUCCCCCUCGUCCCGCACAGCCCGCCGACGCUCUUCGCUAGCCACCUCCGCCAGUCCCGGCAGCAGCAGCCCCCUCGUGCGGCCGGCGUGGGUGCCCGAGUACACCGACAAGACUCUGCCGCUGUCGCGGCUGAUGCAGGGCAAGGAGAAGGGCCGCCUCUGCCCGCUCGGCAGGCACUCCUUGCACGUGCUCAGCCCAGCGCAGAGUGCAGCGGGUGCCAACCUGCACGCCCUGCACCUGUACAACGUAGUGGAACUUGACGGGCGUGCCGUUACGGCCGCGCUCGCGUCGUGCCCCCGCCUGCACGACCUCGAGGUCAUUGGCCUCCAGGUGGCCCCCGCGUGCAUGCUGGAGGCGGUGGCGGAGCACUGCCCCUUGCUCGUCCGCUUCUGCUGCCAGCCGCGCAAGCGCACCAGCCUCUUCGACGUCUGGGACCAGGACCCAGCCCGCCGAUCGACGCUGCGCAGCACGCUGUGCGAGCGUGUGGCUGCGCGCUGCCCCAGUCUGGCGUCCCUCACGCUGCGCAGCUGCAUCGUGCAGGACAGGAAGGUCGCCAUCUUCCUCAAGAAGCUGCCCCUGCAGUACGUGGACCUGUGCGGCGCGCAGUACCUCAACGGCUCGUUCCUCAAGGACCUGGCCGCGCUGCGUGACUGCCGCCUCGAGCAUCUCCUGCUGCGCGACUGCAUGCGGCUGAGAGAGGACUGCGUGGAGGCGUUCCUGCAGGCCCUGCUGUCGGACGAGUGCAAGUCGCUGCGCUCGCUCGAUGUCUCCAGUAAAAACGGGUUGGCCUCGGGGGAGUGGUUCGCCCGUCACAAGAGCGGCCGCGUCGCGGAUGCGGUGGCGCGCCUCCCCCAGCAGCGGCCCGGCUGCUGGCUCACCGCCGACUUCCCGGACGUCAGCGAUAGCGGGAGCGACGAGAGUGACGAUGCCAGCGAGGACUCGGAUGAGAACGUGGGCUCGGAGGUGGGCAGCACCGACGAGGAGAGUGACGCGGAAGAUGAUGACGACAACGAUGAUGACGACGACGAUGAUGACGAUGACCUGGACGAGGAUGACGACAGCGACGAGGAUGAUGACGACGACGAGGACGACUCAUCCGGCGAUGAUGACGAGGAUGAUAAUGAGGCAAGGGGCAGGCAGGCCCUGGAGCGGGCGCAACUACUGCUACGGGCGGCCCAAGAACGGCUGCAGUCAGUGGCGAACAGCAGAAGGUUCGGUGGAGACGACUAGGGUUAGUGAGUAGGGCGGGGAUUGAGCCCCUGUACAAUAGGCAGACUGCCCGCCACGGGGCAUUGGGCAGUAGGAUACGAAGUGGGCCACAGUGCGUCUCGGACGGGGGGACAUGAAGGAGUCUGCCCUGCCUCAUGUCAGAGACACCGUUGGAUUUUCGUUGAUUCAGCGAAGCCGCUACGCUUUUGUAACAUGGUUUCACGUCCUGGCUGAGACUGUUGGGGCCACUUCUACAUGCAUCGCCGCGGCAUUGGCCGGCUAUUAUGGAGC